UAUUUGGAAUUUUGGAUGACCUGUGACCGAGUUUCUUAAUUUGUAUUUUGACGUCACAUAUAAUAUCCAAUACAAUAUAAUUUAUAACCUUAUAAAUUGUGUUGUGCCACUAUAAUUGAAAAAAAACAAGAAGAAAUACAUAUUUUGCUUCUUUUCAAUCGUUGCCAGAUUGCAAUUUUGUCUGUUCAACAAGUAAACAUAUAUAGGUAUAUUCUUUCAAAAUGGCAGGCUCAGGCGUUUUCCAUAUCGAAUUAAAUGAUGGGGAACCAGUCGAAAUCAACGAUUCAGACGAUGAUAUUGUUGAUGAGGAGCCUCCUUUCGGAGGGGCAAAUCGUAAGGAGACAAUAGACUCAAUCGUAAAAAAGAAACUAAUUUAUCCUGCUUAUUUAAAUAGAGAUACUAGAGACUUUCUGAGGAGACUAUUGAAGAGACAAGUUGCUUCCAGAUUGGGUUCUGGUCCUGAAGAUGCAAACGAGAUUAUAAGACAUCCAUAUUUCAGAAGUACCAACUGGGAUGAUGUUAUAAAUCGCAGAUGUGAACCACCAUAUAAACCUAUGGUUUCUAAUUUGACCGGACUAUUUAUGUAUGUCUAUGUAUGUGAUUACAUUUUCAGAAACGGAGAUACAGAACCUAUUCCGGUGAUGCGCCCGCCAGCGAGUCGGGAGGUUAUUGGACGUCAGAAUUUUCAUCUGCUCAAAGUUUUAGGCAAAGGUGGUUAUGGAAAAGUUUUUCAAGUGAGGAAAACCACCGGUUCAGAUGCUAAUACUAUUUUUGCAAUGAAAGUCCUAAAUAAAGCUAACAUUGUCAAAAAUCAAAAAGACACUGCUCAUACAAAAGCAGAAAGAAAUAUUUUAGAAGAAAUAAAGCAUCCUUUUAUAGUGGACUUGAAAUAUGCCUUUCAAACAAAUGGAAAACUGUAUUUAAUCCUAGAAUACUUGAGUGGCGGCGAACUCUUCGCGUAUCUAGAAAAAGAGGGAUUAUUUACAGACAAUAAAGCAAGGUUUUAUUUAAGCGAAAUAGUACUAGCCUUGAAACAUUUACAUGCAGCAGGAAUAAUUUAUAGAGAUUUGAAACCAGAAAAUAUACUACUCGACGCUGAGGGACAUGUCAAACUAACGGACUUUGGUCUAUGCAAGGAACAUAUUAAGGAUGGUGUUCUAACACAUACUUUUUGUGGAACGGUUGAAUAUAUGGCUCCAGAAAUUUUAACUCGUCGCGGUCAUGGCAAGGCAGUAGACUGGUGGUCCCUUGGUGCACUUGGAUUUGAUUUGAUGACUGGAGCACCUCCUUUCGGAGGGGCAAAUCGUAAGGAGACAAUAGACUCAAUCGUAAAAAAGAAACUAAUUUAUCCUGCUUAUUUAAAUAGAGAUACUAGAGACUUUCUGAGGAGACUAUUGAAGAGACAAGUUGCUUCCAGAUUGGGUUCUGGUCCUGAAGAUGCAAACGAGAUUAUAAGACAUCCAUAUUUCAGAAGUACCAACUGGGAUGAUGUUAUAAAUCGCAGAUGUGAACCACCAUAUAAACCUAUGGUUGAGUGUAUUGUGGUUAU